AUGCCUCCAUCCCCCCAGAAGAAAAAGCCUGGAAAGGUUCGCAUUCCGGAUCACUUACGAAAACGAGCUCUUGUCUCUUGCGAUCGUUGCAAACAGCGUAGAAUUCGUUGUUCACGAGUGGGUGAAGAACCCUGUCAGAAUUGUGUCGAAGCCAAUGUGGAUUGUGAAUGCAACCUUCCUCGGAAGACGAGAAUUUAUGGAAGUGUCGAAACUCUUACUACACGCUAUCGCGUUCUGGAUGCAUUAAUCAAAGGGAUAUUCCCUCAGAAGGAUACAAAUGAUAUCGACGUCCUAUACGAGAUUGCUGCAUCUCAUAACAUAACUUUACCUGACUUCACCGCCGAUAAUCCCAUCGAGAGCAAUGCGCACGUUCAUGAUGUUUUUGCCCAAGUCCCAAAGGCAUUGGCAUCAUCACCAGCUUAUUCCGAUACUAGCCAGCGAACCAUGAAAGAUGAGCCAUCACCAACAGGGAAAGUAGUUACCUUACCCAGCUCACCACAAGAAGCCCUUGUUCCAACAGCUUCGGGAGGAGAAUCGCAUUUCGUCGGACCUUCUUCAAGCCUUGGAUUUGCGCUCAGUUGUCGUAUGUUGGUAAAACCAUUUGCUGAUUACUUGAGGAUGACUCAACCGGAUCAUCCAAAUUUACAGUUGAUGAUGAACUUUGCGACUUCAACAUGGAGUAAAGCUUUAGAACCAAAAGCUGCCGAAGAACGUCAAACUGCUCCUGGACCGGCGGAUCUAGAGCGAGCGGCGCAUGUAUCUGGAAAUUAUCACGUGCCUUCAAUUGUUCCGGGAAAAGAUCCCUCGGAAAAGGAACCUCUAUCUUCACUUCUGCCCUCUCGAGAGAUUGCAGAUGUCCUCGUUAGAUCAUUCUUUGACCGCGUUCAUCCAAAUUUUUUGAUUUUCCAUCGUCACUCUUUUGAGCAGCGGUAUAACACGAUGUGGAGCCAACUUAAUGUUCAAGUACAAGAUUUCGAAACCGGAUGGCUAUGUUCUGUUCUUAUGGUUCUAGUGCUCGGCGCUCAAGCUCUUGAGCCACGCGAUGAUUUGUACAUGGAUUAUACUCAGAAUUAUAAAGCAUGGGCGCAAUCAAGGACUUCCCAACUUCAGGUUUCAAGUACUUUGGUCAAUAUUCAAGCUCUGCUCCUCUUACACUUGUAUUUACAUAACAUAUCCGAACGUAAUUUAGCUUCUAUUAUGUUACGAGCAGCUUCCACCAUGGCCACAAUUCUUGGGAUGCAUCGAGAAGAGGGUAAUAAUCGCAAUCAAAUCGAGAGUGAGUUACGACGUCGUAUUUGGUGGACAAUUUAUGUACUCGAACAUAAUUCAUGCACGAUCCUGGGUAGGCCUUGUUUCAUCGAUGAUAAGGAGGUCUGUGUUCAAUUCCCCAAUGAAGAUUUACUCGAUGGCAGUGCCUGUGUGCCUAUGCGUUAUGUUGAGGAGUUGGUUCGUUUGACCAAAAUCAUGGCGGAAACUAGUAGAAUGAUAUACCCCCCUCGUUCAAUGCCAACUCCAUAUACAGACCAACAAAGGAUCCGCAACGCCAAUCAAUUAAUCAUGGAUUUGGAAACAUGGCACCAUCGUUUGCCUCCACAUCUUCGUCUCGAGUCUCAAACACAAUCAGUUAUUCACAUGCGAGCGAUUUAUCUACUUCAUCUUCAAUUUCAUCAUACGCAAUCUCUUGUCGCCCGUCCAUUCAUAAUACGGAAAGUAGCUGCACAACUAGGUCGAAAACUAGGAAAGCAGACUCGCUUUAGCAACAUUGUCAAUGAUGAAGAGGUUAAGCUGGGUUCCAAAUGCUGCCUCUAUUCCAAGCAGUCUAUUACACUUGCCCAUCAACUUAUCACUUCAGGUCAAUUCAAUGGUGUAACUUGGAUGGAUCCUUAUUAUGUCUACCAUAGUGUAGUCGUUAUUUCUUUGGAUUUCCUAGGCAAAGAUAAACCAUACAGCAAUGAAGACAUGUCUCUUAAAAAGGCUGUCUCUGAUAUAAAAAACGCCAUGGACAACGUUCGUCUCUGUCCAGUCUUUGCCAUGCUCACACAGGUCGCCUUUCAAUUAGCUCAAAUUGUAGACCUCAUCGAUAAUCACACAUCCAAUGCACAACCUCAACAUAUCGACAGCAGGCAUCUACAAUCAAACGUUCAAGCAAUAGCUGGUCCUGAUUUCGUUCUUGAAGACUCCCGGCAACCAAGCAGUAUGGGAGGUGAUAUCUUUGAUUGGAUUCUAAAAGGGAAUAAUAUGCAUAUGCUAUUCAAAGUUGGACCGGAUGGUUUUGCUCCUACCCCCAAAGUUUCAGCAUCAAUGAUGGCCCGGUACAUGGACCCUAGCAUGCCUGUUAUGGAUGACCAUACUGUUGCCACGGCUAUGCAGGGACAGAUCCAACCACAACAAACAUAUGUGAAUUGGCAAGCAGGUGGAUAUGGUGUUAUGCCUGCACAUGCUCAAUAUGGAAAUCCAACAACGGCUCCGGCGCAUGUCAGUGGUAAUGGUAAUGGAAGUGGCCAUGCUCAAGGACAAUACGCAGCUCAAGCAGUUCCGUCACUUCUCCAUGCUAAUGCUAAUAUUCACCCUCACCCACAAUAUGGAAAUCCAACAACAACAUCAACAGCAGUUUCAUCGCCCGUCAAUGCUUUAAAUGCGAAUAAUCAUGCUCAAACGCAAUAUGCAAAUCCACCCCAGGCGGGUCCAUCGCAUAUGAGUGGUAAUAAUCAUGAUCUUAAUUAUGAUAUUCAGAGGAAUGCUUAA